AUGUCCGCGCAUGUUCCGGAUCGCUCGGGAUCGAGACGUGCGCUUAGCCUGGAGGCCCCCGUCAACUGUAGGUGUAUCGACAAGGGCGCCUUGGACAAGCCCAUCCUGCUUCCCCACAAGUUCCACGAUGAACUGGAGAGGGUUUGCGAGGAGACCCAGAACCACAGCCUGCGAAAGUCGGAGUUUGGUAUCCUGAUGAAGAGCCUGCAGGAGGCUGUCAUCCUGGCUCCUCGGAUCGCAUUCUCGCUGCGCCCUGGAGUGGGUGAAUGGUACUUCCUGAGGGUCAACGUUGAGACCAUGUCGGUGGAGGUCAGUAGAGACAAGGGCCGGGAGAUGACGGCCAGCCACUACCUGGCUUUCAAGGAGAAACUGGUGCCUCUUGAGCUGCGCGAUGAGACCAUGACCAUCGAGGGCUAUGACCCCUUCGUGCUGGAGGUGGACAUGAAGCCCUUCUCCUCCCACGUACCGAAAAUCACGCUGCAGAGCCACAUCGGGCAGGGCGUGUCCUUCCUGAACAAGAACCUGUCGGCCAAGAUGUUCUCGCCCAACCAGAACGCGGAGGGUAGCCAGCUGCUCCUUGGCUUCCUGCGCAGCUUCAAGCACGGCGGGGAGAGCCUGCUGCUCAGCCACCGCGUGAACUCGGUGCAGAAGCUGCGCAGCGCGCUCAUCCGCGCCGACCGCGCGCUGAACCGCUUCGAGGAUGACGAGGCGCUGGAGUCGGCGGUGGACCUGGAGGAGAUGGGCUUCCUGCCCGGUUGGGGCAACACCGUGGGGCGAGUGCGCGAGACCUUCCAGCUGCUGCUGGACAUCAUCCAGGCCCCGGACGCCGAGUCGCUGGAGCGCUUCCUGGCCCGCCUGCCCAUCAUGUUCAAGGUGGUCAUCCUCUCCCCGCACGGCUACUUUGGCCAGCAGGGCGUGCUGGGCAUGCCCGACACGGGUGGGCAGGUGGUGUACAUCCUGGACCAGGUCAAAGCUCUGGAGGCGGAGAUGGGCAAGCGCCUGGCACUCGCGGGGCUGGAGAAUGCACACCCCGACAUUGUCAUCCUGACCCGCCUCAUCCCAGACUCGCACGGGACGAGCUGCAACGAGCGCCUGGAGCCUGUCGCGGGGACCCAGUACUGCCGCAUCCUGCGUGUGCCGUUCAGGGAUGCCCAGGGUCGCGUCUUGGACCACUGGAUCUCACGCUUCGACGUCUGGCCCUACCUGGAGCGCUUCACCAUUGAGAGCAGCAAGGAGAUCCUGGCGGAGCUGGGAGGGAAGCCAGACCUGCUCAUAGGAAACUACAGGCAAGGAUGUGGGAGGCCGCAUGGUCGAUUCCAUGAGCGGCCAGCGUAA